AAGUGACUAUGACGUCCUAUGUGAAGAAACUACUGGGUUUUGGUACUCCACGACCCCCAACUCCUCCACCCAAGUUGAUAGAUUCCUGGCGAGAUGUAGACUGGAAUACGCUAGACGCACUAAAGAAGGAUGUCCUGGGAUAUUCUACCGGGAAGGAAAACGCUCCGUUCGCGAAUAUCGUCAUGUUUGGUCAAGUCGGUGCUGGGAAGUCCAGUUAUUUCAAUACCAUUGACUCCAUUUGUAAAGGGAGGUUUGCGGCACGCUUUGAAACUGGCGAAAGUAGAAGCAGCGUAACGAAAUGGUUCCGAAAAACACGUUUUGGAGGCAAUAAUGGCCCUGCAUUCUACGUAUGCGAUACAAUGGGAAUGGAAGAGGACCAAGGUCUUGACGUCACAGACUUCCCUUUCAUCCUAGACGGUCACCUCUCGGACAAAUUUCAGUUCGACGGUCGUGUCACAGAAGACUCGCCAGGCUUUGUACCGUCCCCAUCGCUCGGUCAGAGGAUGCACUGCCUGUGUUAUAUCAUGGACUCUUGCAAACUUACCAUGAUCUCUGGUGACACCCAGACGAAAAUUGCACUGGUCAAAGAUCUUGCUAGUGCCAGAAACAUCCGCUUUGUCAUUCUGCUGACCAAAAUUGACCUGUUAUGCCCGGAAGUAGCCCGGGACACGAAGAACGCUUACCGGAGUCGCGCCGUGCGUGAGGUUGUAGAACAGGUCAGCUCUCUGACCGGCACCCCCAUCGGCUUUAUCUACCUGGUCAAGAAUUAUGCAAGUGAGAAAGAUCUUGACCCCGUCAUGGACGCGUUGGCUCUGACAGCGCUUCGGCAGAUGUUAUGGUUCUGUGACGACAUCUUAGAAGAGUCAGAUGACGAAUAAGAUCAACCGUCGGUACUGUUCAAGAUCAGGGAUGUCCCUUUCAGACAUGAAAUAAUCGCUCCGGGAUCUUGAAGCAAUUUUAGACUUAAGUCAAAAUUUCAAUGAUUAAACUUGGUAUUUUCCUUGUCAAUAUUUUAGCUGAAAGUUGUAUUACAAUAAUUUACCCAGACAUUUACGUUGUGAAGAAAUAUUUUAACAUUGUUGCAUAAGAAAUAACUAUUGUAAAGUCAUUUGAAGUUUUUACUAAAAUCUAAGAUAUUAAACAGUAAUCUUUAGUAUGACCUUGGGCGUGUUUUUUCUUUUACAGUUUUGCCUAUAAUGUUCGCAGAAGUGGUCAUUUGUACAGAAAAUCUGUAGUAUCUUGAGUGGGAACUAUAUAUGUAUAUAGUCUGUUAAAACUGAAAUGUAAUAAUGUUCACUAUGUUAAAUCAUUUUAUCUUCAUCAAUUAUGUUAGAACAUUUUGACAGCGGUGCGGGAGAAUCAUUUAUAAUGUUAGAUUUAACACUUUACAAAACGAUUAGCUAAUGUUGUAACUUAUGAUCAAUGUAUUUUUCCCUUACAUAUUAUUAUUAUUAUUAUUAGGUUUUAUUGUAGACUUAAGUCCAUAUAACACAAACAUGCGUGAUAAAUACAAAGAUUACAUAUAAUGAUAGCUUAUAACCAGACAGUGUUUUAAUAAAGAGUAUGACUCUACUUAUUACUAAAUAAACACGGACAUCUAAGGUCCAUAACCAGGUAUCGUUUGAUUGUUACUCAAUUCCAGUCUCGUUAACAAGGAGUCUGUUUCUCCAGAAGACACUACACUGUGCAUGAUAAACACCUCACUAGCACUACAGCUGUGUUUUAACUUCAUCACCCACCUGAAUGCAUUGUUACAGAUUGCUUUCAUUUUGUUGAAACUUUUCUGCCAAUGUACUGACCAUA